CCGGACGGGUGCGACGCGUCACCGGGGGUCUGUGGAAUUCAUUGCGACUCCUGGCUGGCUUAUGGUACAUGUACCUUCUCGCCGACUCCUUCACGGCAUCGUGUCGCCCAAAUCUCAGCCACUUUAUUGGAUUUGUGAAUUGUUUUCACUUGCGUUACAUACCCCAGGGCUCGUCCUGAGCCUUGCCACAGAUAUCCGCUCGCUAUCCUGCACGAGAACACAUAUACCAUCAAUGGCGCGAUAGCCACUCCUCCGCUUCCUUUCACACUUCACCCUCGACCCCACCAUGCCCGUGCAACGGACCCUUUUCGGCCGGCCGGUCACGCUUCAGAUGCCGCCGCGGAGAUUCCAAGCCAUUGUCGUUCUGGUAGUCUUCGUCCUACUCAACCUGACCUUCUACGGACUCCCGUCGCGCGAAAGCCUACCGACCUACGAGGACGUGGCCGAUGCUGUCAAGCACCCGCAUGUGCCUGACUUGCAUGUGCCUGACCUGCAUGUGCCUGACCUGCAUGUGCCUGACCUGGGCGAGCUCCCCACUGUACCCAACCCAUUUCGCCCGGCGCAUAAACCGCCCAUCCAGCCCAACAGCACCAGCAGCAGCUCAUACCGCGCAAUCGAAUGGCUCAGCGACUUCAAGUGGCGCAACCCCUUCUCCUCAUCCGUAGCACUUGACCAGAACCGCGCCGUGCUCCCUCCUCUUCGCGAACGACCGCUCAUCUAUACCUACUACAAUGUGCCCAAGAAGCAGGAUGCGAAGAUCUCCGAGGCGGAGCAUAGACUGAUUCUGGCUUGGAGACGCGCGUGGUGGGCACAAGGCUUCAAGCCGCAAGUUCUGUCCCGCGCUGAAGCUAUGCAGCACCCGCAGUAUCAGCUCUUCCAGCGCAUGAAGCUGGGUUCCGAAGUCGAGCUCGAGAUCAUGCGAUGGCUGGCUUGGGGACAUAUGGGCGGAGGUGUACUUGCCAAUUGGCUAGCGCUUCCCAUGGCAGAGUACGAGAACCCAAUGCUAGCAUUCCUGCGGCGGAACGAGUAUCCCAAACUGUCAAGAAUUCAAUCUCUCGACAACGCCGUUUUUUUCGGGGAACGCUCCUCUGUUGACGAUGCAAUCAAGAAAGCCAUGACCAAUAAGCUGCUGAAGAACGUAACCGCGAACAAGGAUAAGAUCACACAGCUGGCGAAGAAGGAAGGUGGAUUAGUCGUCAACCUUCUAGCUUCAAAAGAUAUUGCAGUCGAUGCUAAAGCUAACGGCGUCGCCUCGUACACUAUGACCACCAUCACUAGCAAGUAUAAGACGAUCGCCGACAAGCUCAGCAACACGACAUAUGCUGAGGGUCUUGACCUUCUCGUAAACUUGAUCAACUCGCAUCUUCACUUGACGUUUCAAGAGCAACAUCCAGAGGGCGUUGCCGUCGCUAAGCCGCUCCCCGAACACACCACUGCGCUGAUGUACGAAGCUACCGACAUCGCUCGCAACUUGACUCAGUGUCCAACCUCGCCUAUACCCAAGUCUUGCCCACCUAAUCGACCCAAGUGCAAACCGUGCGAUGCGAACAAAGCGAUGAAGCUUCUGGAGUCUCCAGAGUUGGUCAACACGACCAAAUUGUUCACCAUCGGAACCGUUCCGCAUCCAUACACAAUCAACUCCUUGCACUAUACCCGUGAUACCUUGGACAGUAAUUUCCUCCGCAACAACGCAAAACGCGACUUGUGGAUCUGGGAGCUGACUCGCGAAUCAAUACCGAAGAAGCAUACCGAAUCGUAUCGUCUAGUGCAGUUCAAGGAACUUGUGGCCGCGGCACCGGCACACACUCUCUGGCUGACUGCUGAACGAAUCACCCAACAGGAUCUGGACUGGAUCUUCGGCUUUAAUUUGCCUCAGAUUGCUUCCACUACACCCGAACCAAGUUCACCGAGCGACAAGUCCGAACUUAUCAUAUUCCCACGCCCUGGGCCACCGGAACCUAUCGAAGGCCAGGUGGUGCCCGAUGAGAAGUGGAUUAAGAAGGAGGAAGAGCGACUAAGGAGGGCAAGAGAGGCGAUUAAAAGCAAAGAUAAGGUGAUGAAGUCCGUUGUGCAAGCGGUGGAGCAAUGGAAUUUGGCCGACACCGAAGCAUGGAAAUUUGCUAGGGCGUAUUCGGCUAGAAGACGAAUGGAGAGAAAGAAGUGGGAAGAAGACGAACAGAAGUUUGCGGGUAGUGAGAAGAAAGCCGGUGUAAGACCAGGAGAAGGUGGCGGUGGGAGGUGGUUAGACGGAAGGUAGAGUUGUGACAUUUGGAUGCGCUGGUGUUUAGGUGUUGAGGGUUUAUCUCAAGGUGUGUACCAUAUGAUGUAUAUGCUAGGUAACUAAUGUACAAAUACCAUCAAGCCCGCCCUAUCUUAGACCAAGAUAGUCGAAGGAGAUGGUUUCACUUUCCACAAUCAAAGCUCAACAACCAACACGCAUUGUUGGCAAAUCACGACAGUUUAUGACGCAUGCCAGAGGGUUUACACAGC